AUGCCUCGGUCCUGGUCCCAGCAGAAGGAGAUCACGCCUCAUUCACGAAACAGUGUGCGUUUGGAAACACAAAGAAAGAGGAAAGUCCUGGAGGAGGCUGCGAUAGUCCCGGUCCGUGCCCAUCCCGAGGCAGGGGUGAGAUGGGGGAUCCGUGUGGGGGUCAGGGGGGGGUCUAGCCCGGGUGUGGAGCCCACAGCACCUCAGCCUCAGACCCUUCAGCUGCUCAGUCCACAGUACCUCAGCAUUAGGCCCUUCAGCUGCUCAGUCCACAGCACCUCAGCCUCAGACCCUUCAGCUGCUCAGUCCACAGUACCUCAGCCUCAGACCCUUCAGCUGCUCAGUCCACAGUACCUCAGCAUUAGGCCCUUCAGCUGCUCAGUGAGAGGGAGGGAGGCUGGAAAUGUCAGGGAGCUUUUCACAACUCGACCUGCGGCUCACAUCUGCUCAGACGUGCCACAUGUCACCUCUGCGUCUGUGGGAGAGAGGAGGGGGGAGGAGGGGGGAGAGGAGAGGAGGGGGGGGGGGCGGUUGGAGGGGGGAGAGGAGAGAGAGAGGAGAGGGAGGAGAGGGGAGGAGGAGGGGGGAGAGGAGAGGGCGGAGGAGGAGAUGAGAGAGGAGAGGGAGGAGAGAGAGGGAGGAAAGAGGAGGAGAGGAGAGGGAGGAGAGAGGAGAGGAGAGGGAGGAGAGAGAGGGAGGAAAGAGGAGGAGAGGAGAGGGAGGAGAGAGGAGAGGAGAGGGAGGAAAGAGAGGGAGGAGAGAGGAGGAGAGGAGCUUCUAUCUGCUCUGGUGUCUGCUCCACAAACACCUCUGAAGGAGAAGUGUUUGUGA